UCAUUCGCUGUUCGUCGUUCAGACUGUAAUCACGGUUGUUAGAUCUGAUUGUUUUGCACUGAUUCCGCGUAAGUCUAGACUUUACUCUCGUUACUCUAUGAAAUCAGUGCUUACGUCGUAAUUAAUCAAAUACAGCACGAUUAAAUCGGUUAACUCAAACGAUUUGUAAUCUUAGAUAUAUCAGCGCAAUCGUAAAAACGAAUAAAAGUGCCUAAGAGUAAAGUUCGUAGAAGGUUUUUGUUCUAUUUUACUUCGCCUUUCUUGUUAUAAUUUAGUGAUUUUGUGAUAUUUGCGGUUUCGGCGAUGGUCCGAGGUGUUUUCUAGCAUCGACCAGAUACAUAAAGCAAUUUGCAUGAGGUCACGAAGGUGCUGCGGUAUACGCAUGGAAGCCCGGCGCGGUGGUGAUCUCGCGCUGCAGCCGCUGCGCGCGCAGUACCGUCGCGCUCUAUCGGAAUGGAACGCGCGCCCCUCUCGCCGCCGUCGGAGCUCAAGAACGAUCGGUCGGUCCAAGGAGGACCCUGCGAAACCGGAGACGCGGCGCCGCAGCCGGCCCUGAGCGAGACCCGCGUGCUGCCCGCCAUCCCCGAGGCCGAGCCGCUCUUGCACGCCCCGCGCCGAGCUCUGCACGUGCAGUUCGACGCGCACUGUCCGCCCGCACCAGUCUCGCUCUCCUCCUCAGGUUCUUCCUCCUCUUCCGACGAUGAGGACGUCUCCAUCACAGAGGCACGUCCUCCCGACGGCGGCUGGGGCUGGGUCAUCGUCUUCGCCUCCUUCAUGGUCAACCUCAUCGCGGACGGUAUCACCUUUAGUUUCGGUGUGUUCUAUCCGCACUUUCUUGACUACUUCGGCGAGGGAAAAGGCAAGACCGCAUGGAUCGCCGGUAUUUUCAUGGCGAUGCCGCUUCUUUCCGGCCCGAUUGCCAGUUUUCUGACAGACAGAUACGGCUGCAGGCGUGUGACGAUCUUUGGUGCGAUUCUGGCGGCUGCUGGAUUUGUUAUAUCCGCUUUCGUGGAUAACAUGGAGACUUUGUUCCUGACCUUCGGCAUAAUGGCCGGUUUUGGAUUGAGUCUGUGCUACGUGGCUGCAGUGGUUAUAGUCGCGUAUUAUUUUGACAAGAAGCGCUCUCUGGCAACCGGAAUAUCGGUUUGUGGAAGCGGCAUUGGAACUUUCAUAUUUGCGCCGCUGACAAACGUGAUGCUGGAUGAGUACGGUUGGCGCGGAACCACUCUGAUCUUAGCUGGCCUAUUUUUGAACAUGGCCGUGUGUGGUCUCUUGUUCAGAGACUUACCUUGGACCGCCACAAUGAACGAAGAGAGAGCAAAAGAACGUAAACGCAGAAGAGAGAUAAAACGUAACAAACGAUUCGGUUCCUCGGCUGACAGUUUCUCUGACAGCAAGAGCAGCGCCGCGGGCUCAACCAAAAUGGCAGACAGCGUUAAAAUCGAAACCGUGACUUCACCAAUCGUGCCCCAAUUUAGUUCCUUGGUAGACCUACCGACAUUCAUGACGGGCGGUGAAGGAGUUUCCUUAGAAGUUUUCGAACUAAUGUCAAAUAGAGGUCGUGCUUACGCAAUUCUGGCCCAAAACUACCCUGGAGUGAUGUUGCCCUCUAGAAGCUUUAGCGACAGCGGCCGAUUGCACGAGCAGUCCCCUCCAAGGACAGUCAUGUCCCCAGGAAUUACGUCACCUGGUAUUCUAACACCUAUCGCACCUCCGACUCAAGAGAGCACCACGGUGAAUGAUAAAGCAGCUUUGUCCCUAUGGUUGAGGCGUCAAGCGACAGGAUCUACUAAAAAGCCUCCAGCGUUUUUGAAAGAUCUGCGGGUUCAUCGUCAUUCUUUAACGUACAGAGGGGCGAUGCUGAACAUCAACAGAUACAGACUGCGUGCUUCUUCGUGUCCCAAUAUCUUCAGGAAUUCUAUGACGACCAUAGCUAAAGAAAAAGUUCAAUGGUACGCCGGUCUCUGGGACUUCUGGGACCUGGCCGUGGACGUUUUAGACUUCUCCCACCUUCAGAACCCAGCGUUCCUGAUCUUCGCUAUAUCCAACUUCCUCCUGUACAUGUGGUACGACGUGCCGUAUGUGUACAUAGCCGAUAAUGGCAUGAUUAUGGGCUUCAAUGAGUCCCAGUCUUCUAUGCUGAUUUCCGUCAUAGGGAUCCUCAAUAUGUUCGGAGAGAUACUGCUGGGCUGGGUGGGUGAUUGGAAGUGCGUGAACCCUGUCCUGGUGUACGCGGGCUGCAUGCUGCUCUGCGGCCUGGUCACGGUGCUGAUGCCUCUCCUGACUUCCUACCUCAGCCUGGCCGCGGCGGCCGGCGCCUUCGGAGCCUUCAUCGCAGCCAACUACUCCCUGACCAGCAUCAUACUGGUGGAACAAAUAACCCUGGAGAAGUUCACAAACGCCUAUGGGUUGCUACUGCUGAUGCAGGGCGUGGCGAAUUUGAUAGGACCGCCUUUAGCUGGCUGGGUGUACGACAUGACAGGCUCGUACGACCUGUCGUUCUACCUGGCCGGGGCCUUCAUCGCGGCCUCGGGCCUCAUCCUGCUCGUGCGCCCCGCCUCCCGCUGCCGCGCGCCGCACCCCCGCGAGCCCCCCCGCGAGCUCCCCCGCGAGCCCCCCCACCAGAACGGGAAGCUUGUCGUGUGAUUUUGAAAUCAG